ACUCCACUACUUCCACCUCUGGUUCUCUUUAUACAUCGAUGCCCUGGAGUCUUAUUGUCCUGUGUUUGUCUCCAGGUGUGGGACGGGACCAGAAGUGCUUACACUCUGCCUAAGGUGAUCGUGGAGCCUGACACCACGGAGGGACCGUCCUCUUUCCCCCCGGAGAGAGAGAGGCUCAUCGCAAACAUCCUCGUCUACGACAACCACGUGGAGUACGCUCGGCAGCUGAAGCCCGGGGAGUUCCUGCGGAUCUACAACCUGCGAGCGAUCCCAGGAUCCAGCAAGGUGCCGGGCCUCACCAGCUGCCAGAAGGAGCUGGACCACCUGGCCUUCCACCUGCACGGGGGAAACACCUUCGGGAGGGGCAUCCGGGUGCUUCCAGAAGACUGCCCCGACGUGCAGGAGAUGAAGAGAGUCAUGGAGGCCUGCCCAGAGGAUGAUGAAGACGAGUUCUCCGAUCUGAACGACUCAGAGUUGAUGGAGAUCUGGAGCACGCCACCUGAGUCCAUCGAGCCAAGUCUUUUAAGGGCACAGAUGUCAGAGUCUGCACGAGGAGAAGAUGCUGAAACAUCGGAGAGCAUGAACACAAGCUGCCGCAGCUCCACAGAGAGACGCUGUGAUCACGACACGCACUCGGUGUCUCUCUCCGAGGUGAAGUGCUCCGGUCCGGCUGGAGUUCAUCACGUCAGAGUCCAGCUGAGAUCCUACGAGCCUCAGAGACUCCACCAGUCUCUGAAGCUGUACUGCAGCAAGUGCUCUACACUGCAGGAAGUCCCAGAUGACGAGAUGUUGGCGGGUCUCUUCUCCGAGGCGUCACGAGACUCCGGCCCCUUCAGCCCCCCCGCCUGGGCGGUCUCUGGGCAGGUCAAUGUCCCCGGAAACCCCCCGGGAUCCAAGACACGAACUCUGGGAGUCCACCUGUCCACAGAGUUCAUGUCCAAGCAGCUCCUCUUCCUCAUGGGUUCCUCUCUGGAGGAAACGUUUGUCCUCUCGUCCGGUUACCAGAACAUCGUCCCUGUGAGGUCGUCUGGAGGUCAACUGACUCUGCUCCACCCGUCUGCCCCGUUCCUGUUCAGAGGCACGAGGACAUACUACGGGUGUGAGCGAUGCUCUGAGGCUGCGGUGAGGGAACCUGUGUGUGCAGGAGAAGGCAAAAUACUGGAUGAGAAGAUCAUCGCAGAAGCUCUGGGCGUGGUCCCGCUGCAUUUCGUCCUCCUGAUGAAGCUCGAGCUGCAGGACGUUUCCGACUCGCUGCACGUCUUCCUGUGGAGAAACGCCGAGGAGUUCUUCGGCGUGUCAGCGGAGGACGCAGCAGCCAAUCAGGAGGCUCAGGACAUAAUCAGCCAAUCAAUGGACUCCCUCUGUCCAGCAGGGGGCAGCACCGCCGAGCGUCCAUGGAUGGAUCUUUGUCUGACAAAGUACCAAAGUGUGGAGGACGAUGGUCUGAACCAAAUCUGCUACCAGAUCAGCCACAGCACCUUCACCCGACCGUCAGCGCCUCCCAACACUAACCCCGCCUGAUUUAAAGGCCGUCGUUAAAACCUGCAGAAGAAAAAUCUGUUCCUGUUUUAAUAUUCGUGUAUUUUACAUUAUCUGUUUAUUUGUAUUUAUUGGAUUAAACUGUACAUAAAUGUUGCUGCAAAAAUGUGUAAAACUGUUUUUUAAUAAAGUGUUUCAAUAAAGAGUCAUUUUCUUUUA